AUGCCCGCUCUCUCAUCCCUACCAACCCGGGAGUUAGCCGGAAUCACAAUCCCAGAUACCCCGCUAGUCAACAAAGCCAUCGCGCACGCGCGAGAGCAUGGCGACGACUUCACAUACAAUCACGUUAUGAGAAGCUUCCUGUUCGCAAUCGCCUCUGUCUCCGUUGUCACAACCGCGGUGCCAGACUAUGCCGUUGACUAUGAGGCCCUCGCCAUCAGCACGAUCCUUCACGAUCUAGCCUGGUCAGUGGACAGCGAUAAGUGCUCUGCAGACAAACGAUUUGAGGUUGACAGUGCCAACGCCGCACGGGAAUUCCUAACCACCGAGGUUGGGAAUGACCCUAGCUGGGCCCAUUAUCGAGUGCAGCUCGUCUGGGACGCGAUUGCGCUACAUACUACGUCUUCCAUUGCCAUGCAUAAGCAGCCUGAGGUCAUGGUUGCGCAUAUAGGCAUCUCGGCAGAUUUUGCGGGGCCGAAUGUCUUUCCUGGUGGGAAGGGUCCGUUGACAUGGGAGGCGUUUAAUGAGAUUGUCAAGGUCUUUCCGAGGGAGAAUUUCAAAGAAGGCGUGAAGAUGAUCCUAUGCGAGUUGUGUAGGAAGAAGCCAGAGUCGACAUAUGAUAAUUUUGUCGGCGAAUUUGGGGAGAAGUAUGUGGAGAAGUAUGAUAGGACUGGAAAGAAGCCUAGUGAUUUCCUUGAAAAUGCCAUUUGA